AGCACCAAGGACAGCUACUCCGCUCAUGCUCAGGUGUUACUGCGGCUAAACUGAAGGAGCGACAUUUUACUAAAUAAUUCAGAUAGAAAAGAAAAAUCAGCUCAGAUAUUUCAUAGAAGAAGACUUUUCUCUUUAUUUUUGUGCAUAAUCUCGGAAUUUAUAGAACUUUAUUUGCUUGUUUGCCCAGAAAGGAAUAUUUUUCUUCAAGCAGAACUUUCUGCAGCCUCUGCUGCUUUGUGUGAAAACUGAAAACACUGCAAAUCUUUCCUCAUUGAGUCCUGGGAGGUUCUGCGGAGCCAUUGUUCCACAGGACCGCCGUGGUUCCGCUCCGCCUGCAGGGCGUAUGCACGGAGUCCAGUCUGGAGCCUCGGACUGAGGAGGAGGAAGAAAGGGAGGAAGAGCCCUGUGGUCAGUGAGCGGCUUUGUGUCCGGAGACAGUAAGAACCGCAGCCAGACAGCAGGAGGGGAAGCCCGGCUGCGGCAGCCACCACGACCCGGCGGAUCGGCGGAGGAUCCGGAGGAGAUAAAGAAGAAGAUCUGGGGUGAAGAGCAGGAAAGACAACUUGAAGCAACAGCGUGAACAAAUGAGAGGGCAGCGGGCAGGGCGUCAACUCUGCUGAGGAUUUGUAUACAAAGGCUAUUAAUGGCCCUGACACAACGCUGACCGAACCGAACCAGUAGAUAUGGAACAGAUGGAAGCGGAUAAGAGGAAGGAUCCAGACAUCUGCGCCGCGGAUCACCGCACAGACCCCGGCUCGAUAGCUGCAGACAAGCCGCUGCAGAUCACCGCUGAAAACUGCUAUGAACUGCUGGAAGAAGCGAAGCGCGGCGGCUCGGAGCGCGACAAGGAGCGGCUGCUGAGCUUCAUGAGCGAUCACUACCUGCAGGUGCUGCGGAGCCCCGCGGUGUUCGGCCGGCUCACCGCGGCGGAGAGGGAGCUCAUCCUGGCCCGCAGGACGGAGGGGAGGAAGGUGCUGGCCGUGGCCGAGACCUCCGAGGUGCUGGAACGCGUGGGGAGCCGGGAGAGCAGCCGCCCGCAGAGUCCGCAGCUGGAGGACCCCACCCAGCGGCGGGUGUUCUGCCUCCACCCGGACACCCAGCGGUGGGAGGUGCUGACUCUCUUGCCGGAGGAGGUCCCGAUUAAAGGCUCUGGGAUGUGCACCCUCUACAACUACCUGUUUGUGGCGGGCGGCAUGAGGACGGAGGCGGACGGCCGCUCCAAGGCGUCGGAUCAGGUGUUCUGUUUUAACCCGCGGACCGGUCUGUGGAGUCCGGUUCGCCCGCUGACGCAGCCGCGCUGCCAGCUGCGGCUAGUCUCCAUGGACGGGUACCUGUACGCCAUCGGGGGGGAGUGUCUGUUCACCGUGGAGCGCUACGACCCGCGCGCGGACAGGUGGGAUCACGUGGCUCCGCUGCCCAAAGGUUCCUUUGCGGUGGCGCACGAAGCCGUUGCGUGCGGCGGCGCGCUGUUCGUGUCCGGCGGCUCGCUCUUCUACCGCCUGCUGCGUUAUGACUGCCGCCGCGACGAGUGGGAGGAGUGUCCGUUCAACGAGAGCCGGCGGCGCUCCGCGGACAUGGUGGCGCACCGCAGCCUCAUCUACCGCUUCGACGUGGAGCGGGAGCGCGCGGCCGUGAGCGUGUACAGGUACAACACCCUGGUGAAGGUGUGGUACGGCGGCGCGCGCUUCCCGCUGGACAACCUGCAGCCGUUCCGCUGUGCGGUGCUCGGAGACCGCAUCUACUGCGUGAGCCGCACCCACGCGCUGCAGUUCGAGGUGCGUGAUGAGCGGGAGGGAUUCCUGCCGGAGGUGCUGCCGUGUCCUGCGGAGGCCCGAGGAACCCUGGUACCGUUUGUCCUCACUCUGGACAAGUGAUCCGAACCGUAACACGUCCUGUGGUCAGCCACGGUGCCUUCUGAUGAUCCCUGCAGGUUCAAAGCUGAUUGGUUGCUGGUUCGAGUCCCAGCUGUUAAUAAAUUAGAACAUUGAAGAGUUCAUUUAUUCCACUAAUUCAGUUCAAGAAAUGCAACUGGUAAAUUACACAGAAACAUUCCACAAACUCGUUCAUUUUAAUGAUUCUGCCUUGAAACUAAUGAAAACCUGAAAAACUGUUUCUCUGGAUAAUGAUACUUCAUCAGGUCACCAAAAAAAAUCAUUUUAAUCCAGAAAUGUUUUCUUAUGGCCUACAUGAUCACGGGGAAGACUGUUGAUGUGACAUUUGUCCAGUCAGUGACUCCCUGCACAAUGGGGGAAAGCUGCAAAAGGUCAUUGCUAAAGAAACUGGUUGUUCACAAAGGGAGGUAUUCAAACGUAUUAAUGGAAGGUUGAGUGGAAGAAAAACUGUGGUACUGUACAUACAUUGGCGGCCGUGAAUUUUCCCUAAUCUCUUGAAUGGGGUUUGUUUCCCUAUCCUCUGAAAACUGUGAGCUGCCUGUUGCAUGUGCACAUUUUUCUAUCACACUGUUUUCCUUCCACACAACUUUAAUUUUUGUCAAUACAGUCUCUUAGCUUGCUCUUGAUAAUGGCCCAUAGUUUCUCUGUGGGGUUUUAGUCAGACCAGUUUACAGGCCAAUGAAGCACAGUGACUGUGGUCAUUACAGCUGGUAUUGAUACUUUGUGUUGGCCAGGGGCAGAAGCCCUUGCUAGUAAUAUGUAACAGCUCUAGCUCAGGUCCUGGAUAGUCUGUGUGGUGGAUCUUAAAACACUGACGCCAUCCACUGUCUACAAAUAUCACUCAAACCUUCAAUGUGGUUUGUUUCAAUGUCCUCUUAGACCCGUGUUUAUCUCAGAUGCUUGAGCACCUAUUCUAACACUUUUUCCUUCCACUCAACGUUUCAUUAUUAUGCAUGGAUGUAGUCUUUAACAAUAACUGUUUGUGGAGGGUCUGACUGACUGUCUGCUGGACGUCUGUGAAGUCAACAGUCUUCUUCAUGAUGAUUGGCCGUAACAUAACAUUUCUGUAUUAAAAUCAUUUUUUUAUUAAUCUGAUGUAAUAUUCUGAUUUUCUGAGAAGUUGAAUGUUGGGUAUUUUAUUUGCUGGAAGUCAGAACCAUAAAAAUAAACAAGACCAAGUGCUUGAAUUAUAAAACUCUGUGUAAGGAGACAGGUUUGAUAUAAGUUUCACUUUUUGGAUUAAAUAACUUUAUUAACGUUUUAAUGAUAUUCUCAUUUACUGAGAUGCACCUGAAUGAGCACUGCAUGUAACUCCUUACAUCAACUGUAAGCAGUUUCUGAAAUAUAAGAAUUAAUUUCAUUAUUCUGAUCGGUUAUGCUGAGAAUAACAUUUAGUAAAUAAACUUUAAAGAUGAAUUAAAUCAUGUAGAAAAGAUCUCCUGCAUGUAAAUGUUAUCAGAUCUGAUUUAAUUCUCCAGAUUUUAAACUCUGUGAAGUUCGUACUUUUAAAUCAGAGUUUGUGUCGACCUGGAGUCUGCAGCCUUUUCAGGCCUAAGCACCAUUUUUACCCUCAUCGCACUGAAGGAAAUUUGACUAGAGCCUGAAAACUUGCUUCUCUAUUAGGAAACAGAUUACUUUUAGAUUUAACAAUAUAAACCUUAUUGAAUUUGGUUUGUUGUUGGACUAAAUGCUCCUUCUUGAAAGAAACCAUGGAAAAAGAUCCUUUUACAAAUAUAUAUUGAAUACGUAGAAAAUAAAUGUUAAAAAAUGAGGACAUAUACGUAACCUGUAUCAAUAAAUAAAGCAGUUUAUAGCUGAAUAACAUAACUGUGCAAAAAGAAAUAUCUCCUUUAUACCAUUAAUGCUCUUCUGCAGUGGAAAUUUUACACAGAUAAAGCAAAAAAUCAUAUACAGGUACUGCUAAACUAGCAGUCUUUAAAUUCAAAAUGAUUUCUCAUUUGUUUAUUAUGUUUAGUGAAAAAUAUUAAGAGCAACUUUUGAAGGGCCAAAGAGCCAUAGGUUGCAGACCCCUGGUUUAGACAAACUACUGCAGACAAGAUGAGGAGAAGCUGCAGCUGUGAAGAAAGUCCUCUUGCAUAAUUUAGGACAACAGUGUCGCAUAUCCUGCAGAACUCAUGUAGCAUGAAAGAGGUCCAUAUUGCUCAGUGAUAAACAUGAAGUCAGACAUGUUAGUCUGUGUGGUGUAUUCAUAAAUAUGACAAAAGAAAUGCAAGGCAUGCUCUGUUCUGACUGAUUUUAGCCUUAAAAUCUCUUCCUGUCUUCAGAUGCACUGAUUACCGGUGGGAUCAUCUCUUUCAAAGCAGGAGCAUACAGGUGUGUUAACCACACCGAGUCGAAAACACAUUAGCAAUGACCUUAGAGAAGCAACCAUUGCUGCCCAUAAAACUUUCAAGGGUUAAUAGGACAUUUCCAAAAUGUUUACAGUUCAUUAUUUUAUACAGAAGAAGACAAUCUACCCAGAAGUACUAGCAGAUUCACCUCAGAUGGCACAAUGCUCAGAGAAACGAUAAAUAAAACUCCAAGAGCUUCAUCUCAGAGUCUACAGGCCUCAGUGAGCAGGUUGAAGGUUAAAGUUCAUGACAAGAGAACAAGAUAAUUAAAAAAAUAUGUUUGGGUUUUUGCCUCUAAUGCACAGCCUCAUACCUUACUGGUAAGCCCGGUGGUGGAGGUGUGAUGAUGUGGGAUUUUUUUUAACAUCAGGACUAGGUUAGAGUAUGGAUUGUUUGGAUGGGCUGAAGAAGAAAGCCUCCUCUCACUGAAACAGGACAUAGCAGAACUGCCUAGGUUUGCAAAGCUUCUUCUGAAAAAGCCACAAAGCCUCAGGAGCAACGUCCUUCUGGCAGAAGAGAUGGAACACUGCUGUCUCUGAGAUCUUCUGCUGACCGUGACUGACUGUUAAAUAAAGUCAGAAUCAAAAAUAAAUGUUUGGAAGGAGCACCCGAGCCGAGCUGCAGCAUCGUGUCACAUUUCGGAAAUAUGUGAUAACAUCUGAAACUGAGCCGAGAUUGUUCAUGAGACAAUAAAUGGUAAAGCAAGUGGAUAUUUAGCUGUGUUAACUCUGGUCCAGUUGGCCCAGUAUGAUCCAGUAUGCAGGGUGAAUUAGGAAGCAGUAAAAUAAAGCCGGCUGCAACGUU